GAGCCCGAUGUCAGUCUUCAGCAAGAAGCCGGCGCCGAAGCACUCGCUUUUGUUUAUCUUUGGUUUAGUUGCGUGAGUUACGUUAUUGCAUUCGUGAGGACCAGUUUAAAAUUGUGAUAGUUGGAUUUAAUAAACCAGUGUUAUCUGACAUUAUAAAAGUGGUUUGGACAUUUUUUAAAAACAAAUUGGUGAUUUUGUGAAAAGUAUAUUAAAAAUCUGACUGGAUAGUGAGAUGAUAUAAACAGUGCAUGCAGUAAAGUUUUGAAAGUGAUAACAAUAUGACUACGUGGCUCGGGGUGUGUAUAUGGCUCCUAGGAGCUUUAUUAUCACUGUCGGCUGUAUCAGGUGUGCAACAUGAGCCCCGUGUGGUAUGCUACUACACCAACUGGAGUGUGUAUAGGCCCGGUACGGCCACCUUCAACCCGCUUAACAUAAAUCCGUACCUGUGUACGCAUUUGAUCUACGCGUUCGGCGGAUUUACUAAGGAGAACACGCUGAAGCCAUUUGAUAAAUAUCAGGACGUUGAAAAAGGUGGAUAUGCGAAAUUCGUGGGUUUGAAGACAUACAACAAGAAUUUGAAGACGAUGCUCGCCCUCGGCGGAUGGAACGAGGGAUCCACGAGAUUUUCGCCAAUGGUGGCCAAUGCGACGAGGAGAGGCAUUUUCGUUAAAAACGCUGUGAAAUUCUUGAGACAAAACAAAUUCGAUGGUCUCGAUUUGGAUUGGGAAUACCCUAGUUUUAGAGAUGGAGGCAAACCUAGAGAUCGUGAUAAUUAUGCUCAAUUUGUUCAGGAACUUCGUGAAGAAUUUGAGAAAGAAUCUUCGAAAACUGGAAGAACGCGUUUGCUCUUAACAAUGGCAGUUCCAGCAGGUUUGGAAUAUGUCGACAAAGGUUAUGAUGUGCCAAAACUAAAUAAAUAUUUGGACUGGAUGAAUUUAUUGACAUAUGAUUAUCACUCUUCAUUUGAACCAGCCGUUAAUCACCAUGCUCCUCUAUAUUCUUUAGAAGAAGAGUCUGAAUACAAUUAUGAUGCAGAACUCAAUAUUCAUCAUACAAUAAAGCACUACUUAGCUGCUGGUGCCGAAAGACAUAAGUUAGUAUUGGGAAUACCAACUUAUGGACGAUCUUAUACUUUGAUAAACCCAGAAGCAAACGAAAUCGGUGCUCCAUCAGAUGGUCCUGGUGAACAAGGUGAUGCCACCAGGGAAAAGGGAUACUUGGCCUAUUACGAGAUUUGCGAAAGUCUGAAAAGUGACGACUCCUGGACAGUGGUUCAACCCAACCAGGACGCGAUGGGUCCAUAUGCCUAUCGUGGUGACCAAUGGGUAGGUUACGAUGAUGAAGCAAUGGUGCGCAAGAAGGCCCAAUAUGUUGUAGAACAAGGACUUGGUGGAAUUAUGUUUUGGGCAAUAGACAAUGAUGAUUUUAGAGGAACUUGCCAUGGCAAACCAUACCCUCUAAUAGAAGCUGCUAAGGAGUCAUUGUGAAGGAUUAGCGGUAUUAAGGGUAACGAUGUAGAUGCCCCAGUUCGUAAUCCAACUAAGAAACCAUCUACAAGGAGAAGACCUCAAGUUAAAACAUCUUCCAGCGUUAAAUCAACAGCGGUAACAGCAAGACCAACAAAUCGGCGAAUCAGCUCUCGUCGUAAGACAUCUACUACGACAUCAACAACAGAAGAACCAGUAGUAUUGUCAGACGAAAGUGGAAGUUCUUUGUAUAUUGGAGGAAGAACUACGACUCCAGCACCACCGACUACACCAGAUCCAGGAAGCGAUUUCAAAUGUGAAGACGAAGGUUUCUUCCCUCAUCCAAGAGAUUGCAAAAAAUAUUUCUGGUGUUUAGACAGUGGACCAUCAAAUCUUGGAAUUGUGGCGCAUCAAUUCUCUUGUCCUUCAGGUCUUUUGUUCAACAAAGCAGCAGAUUCAUGUGAUUAUGCUAGAAAUGUACAUUGUAAAACUAAGAAAGAUCCUCCAGCAGAGGCAAGUAGUAGUUCAACCACAACCACAACCACGACCCAAAAACCAAGCACAAAACCUCCUAAAAUCUCUCGGGUCACAUUAAGGACAACGGCACGCACUACGACUACUACUACCAGUGCUCCAGAAUAUGAGGAGUACGAAUAUGAAGAUGUGAGUGAUGAAAAAGAUCAUACCUUAGAUUCAGAAGAAGAUCCUAGAGUGAUUAAAGAAUUGAUAGAUCUCAUUCGGAAAGUCGGUGGUAUUGAAAAAUUGGAAAAACAGUUAGAUGGCAUCGAUGGUCUUCAAUCCGAAAGCAGUUCUGGAUCAUCAACAACUCCGGCAACGAUUAGCCGAUCUUUGUACGAACGAGUACUCAGUAAAGCGACACAUAGAAAAGGUGCCGAUGCCGCAAACAGAGGAUCUGCAAAUAACAAAAAAGUUCCCCAAUUUUCUGGUGGCGAUUCCAAGGAGGAGGAAGGUAGAAGUUCUAGCAGAGGUCGACCUCAAUACGUUACAAUACAACGUAAUAGACCACAUGGUCAAGAACCUGAUGAAGAUUCAUCUGUGAAAUAUUCCCAGGAAGUACUAGCAGGCGAUAGCAUCAGCUUUGAGGAUGACUUUUCCGAAGAACAUACACAAGAGCAACCUCGCAGAUCAACACAAGCACCAUCGCAUGGUACUCAACAAUAUGUCAAUAUCAGAAGGGCCAGACCUACAACUGAAGAGAAUGUAGUAGAAAUAACUACCAGACCCAAAUCAACUACGACUACUAGAGUAAUUAUAGAAGCUCCAACAACUACUACGGAAUAUGUGCCAACGAUAUCUAGAAGGCCUGUGUAUAUACCAUCAACAACGAUUAAGUAUGAACCUGUUGCAAGAGAAGAUACUUUAGAAGAAUUAGAUAUAUCGCAUAUAGGAAAUGAAAAGGAUGUUGGUGAUGAGUCCAUCAUUUCUACAACCAGUGGCAGGUAUAAAUCCGUUGAGCGUUUGCGUCCAAUUCCACAAGCCUUAACAGUUUUAUCAAAUGAUGAUAUACAAAGCACUGUCGCUUUAGAUGCCACAUCUUCUCUGCCUUCUAGUAGUCCAGAAGUUACUACCUUAGUACCUCCAAAAACUACUAUAAACAUCAUAUCCAGCGAAACUCCAGCAGCAAUAGAGCAGACAACCCCAUCCUUGACUACUAAGCCAGAGAAUAUUCCUGUUACCAUCGUUACAAGACUUGGAGGUCUGACUUCAAAAUCAGGCUAUUCACAAGUCACAUCUACUGCCAGAACAACAACGCAAGAUGCUACAACGCCAUCAAAAUCAACUCAACGGCCAUAUCCAUUCACGAAGCGAUUGUAUCAGUCACAGGUAAGUUUCAGAGAUAGUAGUAAUAGAUUUAGAAAUAUUAAUGUAGAUAAUGGUAGUGCAGAAGUAGAACAGUCUAACGUAACAGAAAAUUUGCAAAACGUUGAAGGUGAUACCAAAAUUACUAGGGUUAGAUCACGCGGGCGUUUUAGAUUACGUGCAACAACAGAAAAUCCAAACGAUGAAUCCACAUAUAGCAGUACGGUUACUAGGGUAACACCAGCACGAAGAUUCCGUCCCAGAUUAACUACCCCUUCAGAAAUUGAUUAUUCUGAAGAACAAACUUAUAAACCAGCCGAACAAAUUGAACGUAAACACAGACCACAAUUUUUAACAGAUUUAUCUUCCUUGACGUCAUUCGAUUUUGGUGGUAAGCAUAGUUCUUUCAACCCAAAUCACCGCGGUCGUAAUUUUGCCAAGCGUACGCGACCUUCCACACCAGUUCCUGAUAUCGAGAAUGAUAAAACAGAUUUUACUGAAAAUGAAAAUACUAGAUCACGUAUUGAAAGUCGUCCAAAAAGCUUUGUACGAUCUACUACACCAAACUCAAUUUCUAAUGUGGAAGUAUCUGCUAGUAACAAUGGGUUCAGAAAACCAAUUAAACCAUUUUUCUUAGGUAAAUUUAGUACCGUUAAACCUAAUACAGUUGACUAUGGAUAUGAUAAAGAUUCAAAAUUGAGAAAUGAUAAAUCUAUUGAGGAUUACAAUUCGGACAGCGUAGUUUCAUCCACAACGUCCCGAAAUGUUGGAUUCAAAGCACGACUUUACAAAAGUCAGUCGACGACAACAGAAAAUACAAUAACUUUGCAAGAAGAUGAUGAAAAUGUAUCUACAAAAUUAGAAGAUAAAUUAAAUUUAAGUGCUGAAGUUUCUCCCGAAGAACAAGAAUCUUCUGAAAAUUUUAAUACCACCGAAGAAGUUUCUUCAAAAUCAGUUGAUGUGGAACAUUCUAAUCAAAAUAUUUCUGAGUAUAACACUGAUAAUAUAAAACUUAAUACAAAUGUUGAUAAUUCGCCAAAUACUAAAGCAGCAAAUGAUAUCAAUCUUAAAACCGGUAAUAGAUAUAAAAUUAUAAGAAGAAUUAAACCAACUGUGGCUGCAGCAGAUUCAGAUGCUGGUGCAUCUCUUACAGAAUAUGUCAGCGACGAUAAUAAAACUGUUAAUUCUGGUUUAAAUAGACGAAGAUUUAGAACCAAAGCCGAAUCUAAUAAUGAUACGACAAUAAAUGCUGGAGCCAGAGACUUCACAUUCGACCAGAAUGAGAACAACCAGCCCGAAAAUAGGCUUCGGAUAAAAGUACUUAAAACAAGAAAUUUUGGUCGUGGUGAUCGAGUUUCUACAUCAACCCAAAUUCCAUCAGAAGAUUCGGAAGCAUUCAUAUCUAAUCCGAAUAGAAAUCGAUUAGUUUCAAAAAAUAAUAUCAAUAUUAAUUUUAAAGAGCAAAAUGAUGAAGAGGAAAAAUAUGUCAACGCUGGACGAUUUAGGCCACGGACAGUUAUAGUGGGAUUUGAUUACAACAAAAAUGUUGAGAGGCCUCUACGAUAUAAAUAUAGACAGAAUGGAUCUCAGAAUAUUGAUUCUUCAGAAAAGACAGAAAACUUGGAUUCUGCAGCAGACCGUAAUUCAGCUGAUUUAAAAAAUAAAUUUAGUAGAGGUAGACCAUUUACUACUGCUCCGACUUCAGAACGUUCUGAUACUGACAGUAAUAUACGUCUAGAUUCAGUAUCUACACUAAGGAGAAAAUACACUCCUAUAGCUAGGAACAAAAAACCUGAAAAUAGUUUGAGAACAGAAUCAACAACUGCUGAUUAUUCAACUGAUGAUGAAGAAAUUAUAGAAAACUCUGCAAACAGCUACUACAAAUCUCCUUCUGAAGAACAUGACGAGCAAAAUGGUAUAACGCCGCCAAGCACCUCUGUAGACAUUACCACACUUUCUUAUGAGAGUACAUUAUUUGACUUAUCAUCACAUGAAGAUCAUGACACAUUAGAACAAACUACGACAGAUGAAGUGUCAGAAAAUAUUGAAAAUGUAACGGACAAGAAUUCAGAUGAAGAAAUCUCAACAUCACACAGUAAUAUCAGUCAUGUAUCAGAAUCUGAAGAACUUAUCACUCAACUUGUUAAAGAAAAUUCUUCAGAACAAAGUAUAUCCGAUGAUAUUGAAACAUCUUCAAAUUAUGCUACUACUGAAGACAUGAAUUUGAGUUUUGAACAAAAUCAAGAUCACAUCGAAACCACUACUCAGUUUUCUACAACCGUAUUAAAUAACAUUCGUAGAAGAGGAAGACCUACAACCGAAUCAUCUUCAACCACAGAAAAAUUAUCUUCGAAUCCUAAUAGAAUACGUAGUCGUGGUAAGACCACUUACAAAAAUACUCUGACUGUUGAAAAAGAUCUCACAAAUAAUCGCUCUUAUAAUACGCGAACAAGAAACUAUUUGCUCAGAAAUAGAAAUUCGUCUUCUAGCAAAACUGAUAAGAACAUAACAAACGUAGAAAAAAUUGAAUCCGCAGAGGAUGCUGAAUAUUCCGGUGAAGCACUUGAUGAAGAAUUGGAAAGUGAAGUAUCCAAAGAUAUUGAAAACGAUAGUAAUAAGUCUAACGAGAAUAUUGCUAGUUUAGAAGAAGAACAGAGUAUUGAGCUUAAGGAUAUUACUGAAAUGGUUUCUCAGAGCGAUCUACUUACAGAAUCAACAAUUUCUACCGAAUACGAUGAAUCUUUAUUAAAUUUGGAAGUGAAUACAGAAUCACUUAUGGACAAAAAUAUUACAAACGGUUUUAUAGAGGCAUCAGAAAAAAAUGAAACCGGAGAUUCCACUGAUGCAAAUACGAGCGAAGAACUGGCAACUGAAGACAGCUUGAAUAUAGGCACUCCUACAGAAAUUACUAAUUUAGAAGAUUCCGAAAAUGAUGAUUCCGAAAUUAGAAAAGGAAUUACGGAUAUUAAAUCAUCUGGUGCAGAUAAAGAUGAGGAAAAACGUAAAUUACUGCCAACACUUUUUGAUUUACAAGAACAAAAUAAAGCAAGUUUUUCAACAAAUGAUGCGAAGGAAUCGAACGCUUUGCGUAAUAAUAAUUUUAGGCUUAAGUUAAGUAGAACCAAUAGGCCUACUCCUGCUAUAUACAGAGGAGAAAAUAAUUACUCAUCAAAAAUAAAUAAUACAUUGGAAAGAACGAGAAAUUCUUUACUAAGUAAUGUACAGAAAACGUAUUUAGGUAGUAGAAAUAUAAAUAGACAAAAGUUUGGAAUUGGUAGAAAUACAAUUAGCAAAAAUGUAACUGAAACUAUCAAAGAAGAUAAUAGUAGUAUUUUAUUAGAAGAAAAUGGUUUAGAAGAAUCUGUAGAUCAGACUAAUUUAACAGUAUCGUUAGAUGGAGAUAUGGAGCAUGAUACUAAUAGUGGUUUAAUAAUGAAUUUAACAUCUUUAGAUAAUGUGGAAUUAAUAGUUAACAACACUGACACCAUUGGUGUUGAGCUAUUAACCAAUAAAACAGAAGCCGAACAUAAUUCCACAAUUACUGAUGAUGAUAUAAAUCUUACAUUACAGGCACGAAAAGUACAUAAUCUUGAUAACUCGUCAUUUUCUGGGGAUAACAAAGUUAUAGAUUCAGAAGAAAAUAAUUCUGAUAAUAGAUCACAAAGAAGGAAAAAGAUAAUACGUAGAAUUCGCCCUUCGCAUAAUCUAAAUGUUAACGAGAAAACUGAUGAUAUUGAGAAUAACAAUUUUUCAGACAAUAAUACAACCAGAAGACGUAAAGUCAUUUUACGGCGACCCUCUUCAACAACAGAGAAUUCUGCAAAUAAUGAAGAGUUGCCACUCACAGAAAAACCUAAAUACCGAAAAAUUAUACGAAAAUAUAAACCCAAAGCGAUAGAAGAUGACGUUAUUAUCAAAUUCGAUGAUGUAAAUAAUACUGACAAAAGUUUCGAGAAAGAAUCCGAUAAUGAUAUUAUAAUCCGAUUCAAAGAUUCUGAAGAAGGAUCUGAAUUAAAAGAGAAUUCUAAAGUAAGUGAUGAUGAAACAUCCAACGGAAAGUCCAUACUAACCGGUUUAGACAGAGCCUCUAUAUACCAAAUGAAGUUACAUCCAGUCGUUGUUCCAGUUACCAGACGCGUUACAGAUGACGAAACAGAUGAUGUAGAGGUUACUACAAUAUCAGACACUGACGAAGAAGUGGUAGAAACUACUGAUAACACAAAUGAAAUAGAGUCUGAUACCACAGAAAUGUUAGAAGAACCGACUACUUAUCAAUAUGAGAUAACAACAACGUCUUCUACCACAGAAGUUACGCCUUCAACACCGCAGUAUAUUAAUCGUUUGCUAGCAGUAAGGAAACCUGCCUAUAAACCUCCAAAACGGGUGACAACUACUGCUCAACCAUCUACAACAGCAAGUCUAUCUAAACAAACUCGUAAUUAUCAAAGAAAGUACUUCAAAUAUGCGGAUAAACCCCAAACAAUUCCUGAGGAUAUUAAAACAGUAAAUAUUGAAGAAUUUCCAGGUAUUGAACCAGUUACUGUCCCACCGAUUAGACUCUUUACUGCCAAAGAUCGAAAGUUUGGACGAACUGGAUUUUCACCUAAGCCUGAUGAUGAGGAAGUUGAUGAUGAGUAUUACGAGGAUGAAGUAUCCCAAGUAAAAAAUAGGCCUUUAAUUUAUACUUUACUCGAACGUACCAGCACCGUACGUCCAAAAGAAUUAAAUAUUGACGACUACGUUGAUGAUAGUCAAGAACCACAUAACAAAUUUUUCGAUAAUCCAAUCUCUGAUGAUUUGUAUGAAGAUACAUAUGACGAUGAGUCUGUGGAAGAAUACAAUGAAGAACAAAGUAAAAGCUUAGAAGAAGAUGAUCAACCUAUAUUACGUUUUCCAAUAUCACUAGGCAAGAAAAAUGACGUGCCUCUAUAUACACCAAAACCAACAACAUCUAGAUAUUACAAUCGACCAUCAACAAAAGAGUUUGUACAUCCUGCAAGUCUAAGAACUACACCUGUACCAAAAUAUACCGUAGAUUUGCAUACAGAACCCUCUCCGUUAUUGAGCCGGACAACUGAAUUUAUUCAUCCAGCAAGUAGAGCAUAUACUAGGAAAUAUGUAAUAACAACAACAACUACUGAACUUCCAGUUGAUACUGGUUUGGAAGACUUGAAUAUUGAUGCAUUAAAUGCUAGAAAUAAAAAGAUAUUUGACAGCCACAAAAAACCGCUAACAGCAAAACCAAUAACGACACAAGCUCCGACAAUUGCCAGUUCGGAAAUUAAUGCAAAUCCUGAAUUUAUUAUACGUGUUGAAAAUAGUUCUUUGGACAAUAAUUUAAUUAAAUAUACAAGUCAAGACGAUUCACAGACAGAGAAUACUUUCCAAAUAAGUAUACAUGAACAAACAAAUACUGUAUCUGAAUAUAAUGAGUUUAAUAAUACAAUUUCUAAGAGUUCAGCUAGUUCUCAAAAUACAUCCACUGAAACGUCUGAUAUCGAAGACUUAUCAACUUAUCCACACCAUAUUUUUGCAAUUGAUUCAUCUACAGAAGUUCAAACUACGGAUGAAGAUGUAACUACGGAAAAAUUGGAAAAACUUGUAGAAAUCAACUUAAUUUCAGAAGUUAAAUCUAAAGAAGAAAAAUUAAAAUUAAGCAAUAUUACUUACGAGUCCAAGCCAGUAGUUCUAGUAAGUUCAACAGAUUUGCAAUCUGAACAAAUGCCUAAGCUUGAUAAACGUACGGAAAUUAAUCGCUUGACUCUGAUUAAAGUGGUCAAUGGUGAAACUGUAACUACAGAUUUUCCAGCAACUGAUACUACUUAUUAUGAAAACUCUUCAGAAAAAGCUCGAGCAAUUGACUUCAACAAGCAAAACUAUAUAAGCAACCAUCUGUUUGUUGAACCAUUCACAUCUAGUACCGAAAGAUCUACUAUAACAUUAGAAGGCCUCUUUAAAAACGAAGAAUUAGCAUAUGGAAAGUCCGUUAAAGGUAAAAAAUCUUCAAGUCCUAUGCCUGUAUAUGUUCCAUCAACUACGCAAGCAUACACUACACCCACGUAUGAAACAGUUACAAAAUCUUCACAAGAGCAAAGAAAUAUUGAAUCAAUUGGAUCAGUCAAGGAGGUGACACCUCCAGAUAGUUCGCCUAUUGUCAUAUCCAUAUUCAACUUGGAUAAAGUUCUUUUACAAAAAGGACCUCCCGUUAAAAUUGAAAAAGUACAAGCUCAAGUGCGAACUUUGAGUGACCCUGAACUAAAUAUUGAUGUUGACAGUCAUGUGACUUUGAUAUCACCAAGACCAAUUGUUCACAAGGAAACUAGUUAUAGCGAAACUCAAAGUUCUAUGAGAAUAUUAAGGAAGCAUCUUAAAAAGCAUGCGGUAGAUCCUGGAAAGCAAUUUUCUACGGUAAAGGAUAAUCAAGGAGUAGAAAAGGUUGCCUUUACUGUUCUGAAUGAACACCAGCCUGUUGUGAGGUCAGUUGAGGUGAAUGCUGGACCUUCUGUGGUGACUUCACAGAGCAAAAUUGUAAAAACGGUAAUAAACACUGCUAACACGUAG